UCGGUGGGACUGAACCUUCACAUCACUCCAAAGGAUUUAAAACACCACCCCCACAAUCUAAACCAGCGUGCACGGGGUUUUGCAGCAGCUGCAAGCAUGAUUAAGAAAAUGUCUCCAUCCGAGAACGAGUUCGACAUACCGGCCAAGAACUGCCACAGGAUGGUGAUCCUGGGCUCCACCAAAGUUGGGAAGACGGCCAUCAUCUCUCGAUUUCUGAACGCGAGGUUCGAUGAUCAGUACACGCCGACCAUUGAGGAUUUCCACAGGAAAUUCUACAGCAUCCGGGGAGAAGUUUACCAGCUGGACAUUUUGGAUACAUCUGGAAAUCACCCCUUCCCUGCCAUUAGGAGGCUUUCAAUUCUCACUGGUGAUGUGUUCAUCCUGGUGUUCAGCCUGGACAACAGGGAGUCCUUCGAGGAGGUGCAGCGCCUGAAGAGACAGAUCUAUGAGACCAAGUCUUGCCUGAGAAACAAAACCAAGGAGAACGUGGACGUCCCGCUGGUGAUCUGCGGCAACAAGUGCGACAAAGACAUGUACCGGGAGGUGCAGGAGGAGGAGAUCGAGCGCCUGGUGAACGGGGACGAGCACUGCGCCUACUUUGAGAUCUCGGCCAAGAAGAACACCAACGUGGACCAAAUGUUUCAGACUCUCUUUACAAUGGCGAAGCUGCCCCUCGAAAUGAGCCCCGACCGCCACAGCAAGGUUUCCCUACAGUACUGCGACAUCCUCCACAGAAAGUCCUCCCGGAACAAGAAGUGCAAAGAUGAGAACGCAUACGGGAUCGUGGCGCCGUUCGCGCGGAGACCCAGCGUGCAUAGUGACCUGAUGUACAUCAAGGAGAAGGCAGUGGGAGGAGGUCAGGCCAAAGAGAAGGGCUGCGUCAUCUGCUGACAGUGGUUUCCGUCCCUGUGCAAGAGACUUUUCUUCGAGACUUGAAAGAGCCAAGAGACAGAGUACAGAGCUCUGAAGACAAUAAACUGUGGCUCCUGAUGCCUGCUGCGAUCCAACCUGAGCUGAGGCGCGUGGGGCCGGUGGCUCAGCUCGCCGCUGUGUGUUGACGCUCAAACCGAAAUGCUGUAAAAGAGUUUGCCAAUGGAACACUUCAGAAAGAAAAAAACGUUUACAUUUUAGCUAAUUUUUUUUCAAACUCUGGAUGUUUGUUGCAUUAUGAACAAAUUUGACUCUGAAUGUAUAUUUAUUAUGUCUGUCAAUUUUUGCAGAAAAUUAAAACCUU